CGUACUUGCAACAUUUCGUUUUGCAACUAAGUUUCAAAAUUGGAUAAGUCAAGCAGAUCUUAAUCAAUUCAUGAUUUGUCUGAUGGUAUAUGAAAUACAACUCCAUAGUAAUUAUUCAGAUUCGUUUUAACUGAUAUACAAAGAUGAAAGGUUUGAUGAUAAUUUUUGCAUGGCUCGCUGCCAUAUCAGCAGAUGAGCUUUGUACCAAAGAUGCUGUUGUAAGAUUCUCCAGGGAGCUGUCUAAAAUGAAAGAAGAGAUUAUCAGUGCUUGUAAAGGUGAAGACAUGAUUACAGACUGCAAUGAUGUUCCAUUUUACACUGGAGUAAAAACCAUCAAAACUGAAGAAGGAAGAAUCUUUAGUGUUUAUUGCGAGCAGGGGUGGACUUACAUAUUCAAGCGUUUUGAUGGGAGUGUUAAUUUUUAUCUCCCAUGGGCUGAUUAUAAAAAAGGCUUUGGGAAAACAAAUUGUGAGCACUUCAUCGGUCUUGAUAACCUCGCAAGUUUGGUGAAACAAAGAGGAUAUAAAGCUCGAAUUGAUUUGGCAACAUGGCCUGAGACAAAUACAAAUCCAUCCAAAGGAUAUGCUGAAUAUACAACUUUCAAAGUAGCUAAUGAAAGUGAUAAAUACCGCCUUACAAUUGGGGGAUAUAGCGGAACUGUACAAGAUAGCAUGGCAUGGCAAAAUAACAUGAGGUUUACGACUUAUGAUCAAGAUAAUGAUAUAUGGGGACCUGGCAACUGUGGGACCCGAUAUAAAGGUGCCUGGUGGGACAGUAAAUGUCAUAAUUCAAACCUGUUUGGUGACUACAACUUUAAACCACAGUGUACCUUUGCACAAUGUAUAACUUGGAAAAACUGGCCUCAAAGUCUGGUUCCAGGAAAGGAUAAUUAUUAUUAUUCCUUCAAAGAAGCAUCUAUGAAGAUAUGUCAUAAACACUAGACUUUUCCUAUGUCUUCAGCGAG